GACGGCCCGGGAGGUGCAGGCGCGUGGCGGCCGUGCGGCGGGGGCUGUUGGCCCCGCGUUCGGGGAACGGAGCCGCGGGGGUGAGACUGUAAGGACAUCCUGUUUGAUUGAAAGAAGUUGCUUCUACUUGUGGAGUGACUUAUGAUGUCAAGAACUGUAUCAUCCUGGAUCUUAGGCUCAGCAAAGAACACCUUUGUGUUACAAAGAAGAGGACGUUUGUAUUCCAUAUGUGUCCCAAACAGACACAAAAUAAAAUGGAAGCUUGUUUUUUCCAAAACACUUCUUUACCCUGCUGGGACCUGCAGCUUAGACAAUACUUUCUCCUUGAGAAAAGCAUUCAGGCACACCUCCACUGAAGAAGAAGAAUUCUCUUUCCAGUUGUCUCCAACACAAAUCAACGAUAUACUCAGAGCAGGUGAAAUAUCCCAUAAAAUACUGGAUUCAAGUUGUAAAAGUACUAAUUCUGUGUUGAGGUUUGAAAGUAACCAACUGGCAUCCAAUACUCCUAUUGAAGACCGCAGGAGUGCAGCCACUUGCUUGCAGACCAGGGGGAUGAUGUUUGGUGUCUUUGAUGGCCAUGCUGGUUCUGCUUGUGCUCAGGCAGUAAGUGAGAGACUACUUCAUUAUAUAGCAGUUUCUCUCAUGUCUCGACAAACUUUGGAAGAAAUGGAGCUUGCUGUGGAGUGCAUGAAACCAGUUAUUCCUAUUCUGCAGUUGCACAAGCAUCCAAAUGAUGUAGAGCAUCGAGAAAUGACUUCACAGUAUUUUGAGAGCCUGCGAGUUUACUGGCAGCAUUUACUGGACCUAGACAUUGAGCCAGGAUUUAGUUUGGAAGAAGCCAUGAUUAGCGCAUUCAAAAGGUUAGACUCAGACAUAUCACUGGAAGUUCAGGCUCCCCAGGAAGAUGAAUUGGUGAGAAACACUGCCCUUCAGGUAGCUUUUUCUGGUGCAACAGCGUGUGUAGCUCACAUUGAUGGUGUUCACCUGCAUGUUGCAAAUGCUGGUGAUUGCAGAGCAAUUUUAGGGGUUCGUGAAGAAGAUGGAACUUGGUCUACUCUCCCUCUAACACGAGACCACAAUGCCUAUGAUGAAUCUGAAAUCAGAAGACUAAAGAGAGAACAUCCUAGAUCCGAGGAGAAAACGCUGUUUGUGAAUGACAGAUUACUGGGCAUUCUCAUGCCCUCCAGAGCUUUUGGAGAUGUGCAACUAAAAUGGAGUAAAGAAUUGCAACACAGCGUUCUUGAGAAUAGCUCUGAUGUUGGGGCGUUAAAUAUUUAUCAGUAUGUUCCUCCAAACUAUCACACACCCCCAUAUUUAACAGCGGAGCCUGAAGUCACAUACCAUAAACUAAGAGGCAAGGAUAAGUUUCUCAUUAUUGCUUCGGAUGGACUAUGGGAGAUGCUCAGUAAUGAAAGGGUUGUAAAACUAGUUGCUGGACACCUUACAGAGCUUAAUGUGCAGAAACCACAACUAGCUUUUGAGAAACCAGUUAAUUUGGGUUAUUUGCACAACCUGUUACUUCAGAGGAAAAACAGGGGUAUCACCUCACUGGACCACAACACAGCGACACAUUUAAUACGGCACGCAAUUGGGAGUAAUGAAUAUGGGGAAGUGGACCAAGAGAAACUUGCUGCGAUGCUGACACUGCCUGAAGACCUUGCGAGAAUGUACAGAGAUGAUAUCACAGUUACUGUAGUGUAUUUUAAUUCAGAAGCAAUUGAAAACUAUUAUAGAAACAACAAAUAGAGACUUGCAUAGCUGCUAUUCUGUACUGUUAGCCAACUUUGAUAUUGAAACCAUUACUGUUUUUCCUUGAUAGUCAAGCUGUUACCAGUGUCAGAAACCUUUUUUUUACUUACAGUUCUGAAAAAAGAAAAAUUCUGCAAGUGAAUUUGUUGACAGUUCCCUGGAUUUCCAGGUCUGUAGGCUCUGAAGAAAAAUGUUUUGAUGAAAUUCCACUGCAGUGCAGCUGAGCUAAAGAUUGCUGACUCAGUUCUGAUUCCAUGGGAACUGCUGGUAAAAUUUUACAAAUGAGCAAAGGAGACAAAUUUGAAUUAGGCUUUUGAAAUUUAGUAGGCAUGGGUGAUACCUGUAGCUGUGUGGAGCGUGGGGAAGUCCUACUGUUAUAGAAAAUGAGCGGCAUUCUCCUGAAGCACUGUAACUGAAUUCAAAAAACUACCAAACCAUUAUUUGAUGUGACAGUGUCAGGAACUCACCCUGUGUAUGUGAAGCUUUGUUUGAGAGACAACACUAAGGGAGGCGAUUCAGGCAGCCCUGAGACUGUUGGACACUUUUUCGUACUGUUUUUCUAAGCUAAGAAACAAAACUGUAUUCAACAGUGAUGUAAGUGUGAAUGCACAUUUUCUUAAUUGUGUGUGGAUUUCUAUGACAGCAUGUGGCUCAAAUGUGCACAAGGGACUCAGUGGUCCCCUGCUCAGGAAUUAACAUUUGAAAUUCAAGCAUUCAUUCAUCUGUUGCUUAGAGAAUAAAUAUUUUGUAUUAAGUGUAGAUCUAUGAGAUGCUGCAUAUGAACUCUAACUGUAAUUUAAGUGAGGUUUGACAGACUCAGAAGAUAAAAAGUGCAUCUAAAGGUAAGUACAACAGCACACAACACCUUUGUCUUCUAAUUUGACUUGGAGUACAGAAGUGCUGUUAUUUCACUAAAAUCUCUUUAAUUUUGCCUUUGAACAUCAUCAGCUUGUUAUUAUAGCUACAGGUAUUUUCUUUAAUGAAUGUAUAUUCUAGUCUCUGAAUGUAUACUUCCAUGCAUUUUAAAACAGUUUAAUACUGUUUUCUAGGGUGGUUAUCCAAAGCUUGCAAAUGAACUGUGCUUACAUUUCACGUAUGGUGUUCUCCUGUGGCUCUUUUUCUUGCUUAUGCACAUUAGUUGGCAGCAAGAAUGUGUACUGGCUAUUUGCUGCUGUUUUGCUGUGUGAGAACCUGUGUGGAUGUGGCAGAGAAGAUGCAAGUAACAUUUUAAUUUCACUUAAGUAUUAUCUUUCUGCACUUUUACAGAUGAGAAAGUAUUCAGUUUUCGUUUUGAAGUUUUAAGUGAAGUUUUAAGCAGAUGAGAUCUUAUGCAUAAGCUCUUAGUAGUUGUGGGUUUGCAGCUUUC